GCGGUCACAUUGACAAGACCCGUUAGAGCGGCCAUGUUUUUCUUGUUGUGUUCUUUGUAAAAAAAAGCCGCAGGUCAUAAUUUUUGUAGACUGCGGAAUUAGAUUAAAAAAACGUAAUUUUAAUGCAAGUGAAUGAAAUGGCGACAACCACCAUCGAAGAGAAUGCUUUUGCAUUAGGAAAGCGAGAUGCACCGGAUCAGAUUCAACUGGAUCCUGAGCGUCUCUGGAAGACGCAAUGGCUCACCGAUUAUGCCCAGGACAUAUUUGUGAACAUGAAGGAGGCAGAGAUGCGUCGUCGUCCCAUAUUAUUCAACUCCAUGCAGCUGGAGGAGCGCCCCAAAUUGUUGCAGCUUUGUCAAUUCGCAGCGCAAAAGUACAAACUGAAUCGCGCCUCAGUGCAUUUGGGUAUCUACUAUAUGGAUUGUAUGACCGACUACUACAUGAUUUGUAGCGAAAAACUGCCAUUGCUGGCCCUCACAUGUCUUCACAUUGCGGCCCAGAUCGAGGACAACGAUGCGAGUGUGCCGCGCUACAGCGAACUGAACCGCCUGAUACCUGAUUCGUUGUACACCGUUUUCGAAUACAAUGUGGUGGAGCGCAAGGUGCUGGCCAGCUUGAAUUUUGAGCUAAUGCGUCCCACCACGGUCAGCUUUGUGGAGUUUUUUGCUUGCAGCUUCCUCACGCGCAACGACUUCGCCAACUACAAGGCCAUGCUGGAGAAAAAUCCUAGCGAGCAGAACGAUCAAUCGCCAUUGCAAUACGAAAGCUUUGCAGUCAUUAUGUCGGCCUUGUCGCAGCUGCUGCUCCGCCUGGCAGACUGUACAUUGAGCAUUACAAGUUUUGCAAACGCGCGACCUUCUUUAUUGGCCGCCGCCUGCAUAGGAGCGGUGCGUCAUCUAAGCGGACUCAAGUACUGGUCACAGUAUCUCUCCAAACUGACAUCUUAUCCGGAACACGAGGUUGAGCCAUUGGUGGGGGAGAUCAUAAAGUACUAUAACUGGCAGCAGAACAGCUCCGUGGCGCUCAAUGCCCUGCCAACAUACGUAAACAUGGGCCCAUCUUCGGCAGAUAUCAUUAAUCCCAAUUGGUCCACACCGGACUCUGGCGUUGGGGAUUCGAUGGUCAUAGUGAAGGAAUCGGUGACCGAGCAGUAUGAUAUAAUUACUGUGCCGGUGCAGAAACCUGCUGUUCCAGGGUCCGAUCUAGCUGGAGUUGUUCAAGAAGAGCCGCAGGAACAAGCUGUCUUUUCUCAAGAAGAGCUGCAGAUAGCAGCUGUCUAUUCUCAAGGAGAGCUGCAGGAACAAGCUGUCUUUUCUCAGGGAGAGCUGCAGAUAGCAGCUGUCUUUUCUCAAGGAGAGCUGCAGGAACAGACUGACUUACAAUACAAAGAACAGCUGAAUGAAUUAGCAUUAGACUCCAAGGAAAAAGCGAAGAAAUUAGAUAAAGAAGUGAUCAUAAAAGAACUGGAACGUGCUUUCAAGCGUAAGCGUAUAGAUUAUGACUGCCAAGAUGAGCCGCAAGCGAAGCGUCUGACCGACUGACCAAUUUCAAGAUUUUGAUUCGGUAAUCAGGUUUACCGAAGACCAAAACACUCACAAGCUCAAGCGCACUGAAGAUGAUUGCUAAGCAAAUAGGUUUAUAAUUUCAUAGAUGUACCAGAAACACUUACACACUAUUCUUUCAACACAUACCCCACGCGGAUGGGUAUACUUCAAAAUCAUGCUGUUUCUCAUGCGAUAUCCCCAUUCAAUUGUAUUGAACACUCCCAUAUCGUAAUUCAUACACAAAAAUUUCUCUUUAUUGUAUUUUUAUUGUAUAAUGGGAAUCAUUCUAUUAUCAAACAUAUAUCAGCUGUCUAUCAGCUAGACGUGGGUCGACGUGGUCGAGUAUUUGGGGUACAAGAAGGGGGAAAAGGACUCCCUGAAGUAGAACUGGGGAGAAACAGUCACCGAAUCAACGAUGCUUCGGGAUAUGGAGGAAUUAAAGCUUAAAGACUCAUCGAGCGCCAGAAGUCCACCAUCGAACUGUUAACCAGCUCAGGCCGUCAAAAGUUUGAACUGGAAAACGUGCAGAUGACAUUUGUGCCAAAGAAGGGCGACUGGGUGACACUCAAAUGUGGACAAGCAGGGGGAAAUUCUCGAGUUGCUGAAGGUGUUUCCAGCACGCAUCCUCUCGAACCAAAAGCUCGAGGUUGACCGCUGUUUCCCAGAGUUCGUUGAUCUUGGCAACUAUGGCUAUUUGCUGCGGGAGACUUUCCCUACUGGUACAGAUCUUCACACUGGCGAUUACGUCCUGGCGGAUCUCAUCGAAUGUGCUUACUCGAAAUUCACGCAUCGCGCCAUCAAAGUGACCCCGCAUCAAGAAAGAGAAGACCUAUUGCGCCGCUCGGGCGGUCACCAUCACUGGCGCAAACCGCUUUAUAACCACCGAGGUGUAUGAGAAGCGUAAGAUCAACCUCCAAGUACAAAAAAAUACGAAUCGCAAUUUGGAGCUUCUGAAAGUCCAGCUACAGAAUGGGGCCUAGUCAUAUAUGAGUGUGAUCGAGCCAAUUGCCAAGACCAGUAUUACUGUUGACGAUAGCCUUUUGGUGAUCCUUGAGGUGGAGUUCCGCUGCAUCGGCGAAUGGGCGGAGAAAUAUACCCUGCACUUCGAUAAUUUUAAGGUGGAGCGCAUUUUCAAGAUCAUUGCCUGCAAAACACAGAAGCAGGCCGACGAGGCGAGCAUCAUCUGGUUGCGACCGAAUGUUUGGUGAUGCAUUGGCGGCUUUGAAGUUCCAGAGAUUCUGCGCAAUGUCUACCUGAGAGAAUCCCAGGUCGAUGACCUAGAGAGAUUGUAUCCGUGCUCGAAAGAGGCCCUGUGCAUGGCCAACUAUGUGCAGCGCUUCUGUUUCUUCUUGCAUCUGGAGGAAAUGGAAGUGCUCAUUAGGAUUCGAAGAUUUGACAGACACAGGGCUCACAUGAAAAGGGAAGGGGAGUACCUAUCCCUCAAAAUCGAGUAGGGAAGGGGAGCACCUCUCCCAUGGGCGAUCAGUUCAGAAGCGAGCCGUCUUUAAUAUCCUGCGGGGCGAGGCCAAGAACCUGCCGUACGUGAUCUUCGGUCCGCCCGGACCCGGCCAGACCGUCACCCUGGUGGAGGCGGUGCUGCAGAUGGUACAAAAUCGCAUCUUGGUGGCCGCACCCUCGAACAUUGUCGCGGAUCUCAU